UGAAAUUGUGACGUGCGCGUUCAUGAAGGCGUCGCGGUAACACGCACGGAGCGUCAGCAAGAGAGCUGCGGACGAGGUGGACGUCAAACAAUUUCCGGAGUAAGAAGUACAGAGAAGGAGCAGGAAUAGCGGAAUGGCUGUCCUGGUCCAAGUCGCAACGGCUGCGGGUGGCCUGGUGGCCCGAUUUUUCAACUUCGUGACGGAUAUGUUCCUCACGAAGCCGCUGAAGGCCAGCCUUCAGUAUCUAGAAGAAGCUCAGCUCACGACUUUGAGUGCAGAGAAGACAAAGUUGAAGGCCAAGUCUCUGUGGGAGCAGACGGGCGCUGUCAUUAUGGCGGUGCGCAGACCAGGAUGAUUUCUGUGCAGAGAGGAAGCUGCAGAGCUGUCCUCUCUGAAGCCCCAGCUGGACCAGCUUGGGGUUCCACUGUACGCCGUGGUCAAGGAGAACAUCAGCGAUGAGGUCCAGAAAUUCAGGAAUUAUUUCAACGGGGAGAUCUUCUUGGAUGAAAAGAAAUGCUUCUAUGGACCUCGUGAGCGACGGUUGGGCCUCCUGGCGUUCCUUCGUGCCGGGGUGUGGAUGAACGGCCUCAGGGCAUUCGGAAAGGGCUUCAAGGGCAAUAUCUUGGGAGAGGGCUUCGUGCUUGGCGGCGUUUUUGUCAUCGGACGUGAAAAGCAGGGAAUCCUACUGGAACACCGAGAGAUGGAGUUUGGAGAUAAGGUCAAAAUUGAAGAUGUGAUGCAAGCUGUCAAGGAAAUCACACAAGAGCUCGUGCCUGUGGAGAAUAAUGUCACUGAGUAACCUAACCUGCAUGCAUAGAUGACUUGUGUAGCAAAAAGCCUCCCAGUCUGUUGAUGACGGUCUGUUUUCAAACUCUACGGAGCAAACAGAGUUGAUGUUUUUAAGACUUGGGAUUCCUUUUCUUAUGCAAUAAAAUAUGUCAUGGCACUUGA